AGAUGCGCCGCCGCGCGCCCCCCGCUCCGGGCCCGCCACCGUGCUCUGCCGCGCGCCGGGGGCUCCUCUCCCGGGCCCCCCUGGGCGCCCUCCGGCUCUGGUUCCCGCCCGCUCCUUGGAAUAACCCCUGAGGCUCCAGCCGUCACCGCAAAGUUUCCCGAGGAGACCCGCCUCUCCGGCCGCUGCGCAGGUGAGGAAGCAGGCAGUGGGCGAGAAGAUGGAUUCCUUUUUGGACAGACAAGACCAGGGAGUGAAGCGGGAAUAACCCAUCCUCCCUACCUCCCCAGCAAGGAAACCUCUACAAACAGGAGCAGCCAAGCAGGACUGAGGCCCUCGCCCCCCAAGCAUCUUCCCAAAGAAGGGCAUGUGGGGGCCUGAUAGCUCAGCUGUAUGUGUCAGCAGCUCCAGCCCCACCAUGAACAUCUGAACUCCUCAGCGGGGUAAUGGACCCCCUCCUUCCCCCCAGAGACACAGCCUGAGUGGCAGGAAUACAGAGCCUUUGGAGAGUGGCUCCCUCUCAGCUCUGUCACGCAAGAACGCUCUCUGCACCCAGCCCAUUCUGCCAAGUGACUUAAAGGGAUUAAAAAAAAAAAAACUUGGUAAACAAAAAGGGGGUAAAAGCCACGCAGAGGCCUUUCAGAAGAGGUGGCGGCCUGCAGACAAAAGGACAAGAGUUGAAAAGGGCCGUGGCAGUAGCAAGCAGCAGAGGCCACCCUGCUCAGGGCUGGGUGCCAGGCCACAGGGCAUGCCCGACAAACAGGGAGUCGGAACCCCCUCAGGCCACCCUCGGGAGUCCUGGGGUCCAGAGGGGUGUCCCUGUACCCCUUGCACACAGGACCCUCACUCUGCAGGGAUAAGCCAGCUGUGCCUGUGGCCUAGGCUGCCAAGGAUGCUGCUGACUGUGGCCUGCAGCCUCAUCUGAACGCCAGGAGACCAGAAGACCGAGGCACCGGAUCCCCUCUCUGUGCCCUGGGGAGCCCCAGUGCUGCCCAGUCACCCCAGGGCUGAGGUCUGCGUCCCUAGUGGUGCAAGGCCUGGUAGGACCACGGGGCCGGGAAUGUGAGCGCCAUCCGAGCUCACGGUGUCCCGAGUCGCGGCUUCGUGACUUUGGCGGGGGCCUCCGGACCUGUGACCCCAGUCGGAACCAGAGGGCUCCUGGGCUACAGCGACGAAGGAGGUAUUCAGGCUGCAGGCCAGGUGGGGCCGGACGCCCCCAGCCAUCCACCAUGGUGGUGGCACACCCCACUGCCACUGCCACCACCACACCCACUGCCACUGUCACGGCCACCGUCGUGAUGACCACAGCCACCAUGGACCUGCGGGACUGGCUGUUCCUCUGCUACGGGCUCAUCGCCUUCCUGACAGAGGUCAUCGACAGCACCACCUGCCCCUCGGUGUGCCGCUGUGACAACGGCUUCAUCUACUGCAAUGACCGGGGACUCACAUCCAUCCCCGCGGAUAUCCCUGACGACGCCACCACCCUCUACCUGCAGAACAACCAGAUCAACAAUGCCGGCAUUCCCCAGGACCUCAAGACCAAGGUCAACGUGCAGGUCAUCUACCUAUACGAGAAUGACCUGGAUGAGUUCCCCAUCAACCUGCCCCGCUCCCUCCGGGAGCUGCACCUGCAGGACAACAACGUGCGCACCAUCGCCAGGGACUCGCUGGCCCGCAUCCCGCUGCUGGAGAAGCUGCACCUGGAUGACAACUCUGUGUCCACCGUCAGCAUUGAGGAGGACGCCUUCGCCGACAGCAAACAGCUCAAACUGCUCUUUCUGAGCCGGAACCACCUGAGCAGCAUCCCCUCGGGGCUGCCGCACACGCUGGAGGAGCUGCGGCUGGAUGACAACCGCAUCUCCACCAUCCCGCUGCAUGCCUUCAAGGGCCUCAACAGCCUGCGGCGCCUGGUGCUGGAUGGUAACCUGCUGGCCAACCAGCGCAUCGCUGACGACACCUUCAGCCGCCUACAGAACCUCACGGAGCUCUCGCUGGUGCGCAAUUCACUGGCCGCGCCACCCCUCAACCUGCCCAGUGCCCACCUGCAGAAGCUCUACCUGCAGGACAAUGCCAUCAGCCACAUCCCCUACAACACGCUGGCCAAGAUGCGUGAGCUGGAGCGGCUGGACCUGUCCAACAACAACCUGACCACGCUGCCCCGUGGCCUGUUCGACGACCUGGGGAACCUGGCCCAGCUGCUGCUCAGGAACAACCCCUGGUUCUGCGGCUGCAACCUCAUGUGGCUGCGGGACUGGGUGAAGGCACGGGCAGCCGUGGUCAACGUGCGGGGCCUCAUGUGCCAGGGCCCUGAGAAGGUCCGGGGCAUGGCCAUCAAGGACAUUACCAGCGAGAUGGAUGAGUGUUUUGAGACGGGGUCACAGGGCGGCAUGGCCAACGCGGCCACCAAGACCACGGCCAGCAACCACGCCUCCGCCACCACGCCCCAGGGUUCCCUGUUUACCCUCAAGGCCAAAAGGCCAGGGCUGCGCCUCCCUGACUCCAACAUUGACUACCCCAUGGCCACAGGUGAUGGCGCCAAGACCCUGGCCAUCCACGUGAAGGCCCUGACGGCAGACUCCAUCCACAUCACGUGGAAGGCCACGCUCCCCGCCUCCUCUUUCCGGCUCAGUUGGCUGCGCCUGGGCCACAGCCCGGCUGUGGGCUCUAUCACGGAGACCUUGGUGCAGGGGGACAAGACAGAGUACCUGCUGACGGCCCUGGAGCCCAAGUCCACCUACAUCAUCUGCAUGGUCACCAUGGAGACCGGCAAUGCCUACGUAGCUGAUGAGACACCCGUGUGUGCCAAGGCAGAGACGGCCGACAGCUACGGCCCUACCACCACGCUCAACCAGGAGCAGAACGCCGGCCCCAUGGUGAGCCUGCCCCUGGCCGGCAUCAUUGGCGGGGCCGUGGCUCUGGUCUUCCUCUUCCUGGUCCUGGGGGCCAUCUGUUGGUACGUGCACCAGGCUGGCGAGCUGCUGACCCGGGAGAGGGCCUACAACCGGGGCAGCAGGAAAAAGGAUGACUAUAUGGAGUCAGGGACCAAGAAGGACAACUCCAUCCUGGAAAUCCGUGGCCCCGGGCUGCAGAUGCUGCCCAUCAACCCGUACCGCGCCAAAGAUGAGUACGUGGUCCACACCAUCUUCCCCUCCAACGGCAGCAGCCUCUGCAAGGCCACACACACCAUUGGCUACGGCACCACGCGGGGCUACCGGGAUGGUGGCAUCCCCGACAUAGACUACUCCUACACAUGAUGCCUGCCCACCCGGGCUGCCCCGCCUCAGCCCCAGCUGCCCUGGCAUGGCCACGUGGCUUUGCUCAGCCUGCUGCAAUCCGAGAGAGCAAGGAAGAGAAAUUCCACGGGUGACUUCCCCCGCAGAAAGCAAAGUUUGGGGAGGGCUGACGAUUUUGUAGAACACAACAGUGACAAUUUUUUUAAAAAGAAUAGAAGGCAGAAGGGGGAAUUCGACAUUGUUGAAGACAUAAUUUAUACUGAGUUAUGCCAGUUGGGGAGGGAAAGACUAAAAAUAAUAUCACAGGAAGGGCUGGGUUGGGUUUUGUUUUGCUUUUUUUCCCCCUGAACUGGAAGGAUACUACCUGUACAACAUCUGUGGACACCUCAUGCUCUGUUCAGGGCCAUCACAAAGGAACUGCCAGGGAGAAGCAGCCGGCUCUCAAAGCUCCCACGCAGCUCUCCCACCGCUGGCCACUCGCUGGCAACGCGAUGGAAGGUUUUCAGGCUCCUCACAAAGGAGAGAGGGAAGAAAAGAUCUUUUGCCCUGGAGAUAUGGUCCUGAAAUCUCUCCCCUGGCUCAUUCCAUACCAUUUCCCUUGCAGAUUUGCAGAAACAUGGCGUCUUUCACUGCAUUCUUUGAACAAUCAUGUAGUCGAUUAAAAAAAAAACAACAAACUUUUUUUUCCUAGGCUGAAGCCCUCUUCAGUUCCAUGCAACAUGCUCCGUAGAAGCCCCGGCGGAAGCCGUAGCUUUCCCUGCCACCUGGAGGUGCAUCUGUCUGCCUGUCUAUCCCUGUCGCGGUGUCUCUAAGUACAGAUGGGUAGAUAGAGCCACAUGCACGGUCCUUACCAUUCUUCUUGGGUCAGUUCUUACCAUUUCCUGAACAAUAGAAUUGCGAAAGUGUUGCUUUCUCCUAGAAAUCCUUGAUUGCCAUCUGCCCACUCAGUGAGGAUGGCCCAGGCACGAGUGUUGGCAACAAACGGGCUUCUCUCGUCCUGCACCUGCCCUGCCAGCAGCUGGCACAGAGUGGGGCUCAUCUCGGCAGCUUUACCUCUCGGAAGCACCUCGCUCCACCCUGCCUUGGAUCCACGUGUCGCCAGCUGUGAGCCAGAUGGAGAAAUGUAGCCACUCUGAGAGAUCCGGUGGCUGCCCCAACCUGCGUCAGUGACUCAGUUUCCCUUCUCCAAGACUUGCCUUGAGUGGAUGACAAGGGGGACAGACUUGGGGGAGGGCCCCACAGAGGCGCUGCAAGAAAUCCAGAUCCCAGGCGACACCUGCUGCCUUGCCUGCCGCCCCCGCAGAAUCCCUGCACCCGGAGCCACCCACCUGGAGGAACUCAUCCGGCUUCCUCUGUAGACGGGAAAAAACAAACGCACCACAAACCGACAAUCAAAGCCAUGGCGGAUGCGGGGCCGCCAGCGGUUCAUCUCCCUGGAGCCAGGCGGCUCCAGGCCUCUCUCACCUUUCUUGUAUGGAACGCAGGCUUGCAAUGUUCUGAGCCCACCUGUCCUCGGGCUAGUCCCAUUUUCAAAAGUUCUGAGUACGCAGGUGAGAAGACACCCCCACAAAACCCCAAAACUAGCCUUAGACUGUUUUUCCCCAACACAACGCACUUCCACACCGCCAGCAGCCCACCUGGGUACCCAAAGCAAGCCACCAGGGGGUUCCGAGGACCCUGCCUGGUGCCUUCCAGCUCAUAAGGAGAGGCUGAGAGCCAUGGGGAGGAAGCCACAUGGCGCAGCGUUCGGGGCUUGUCAUCCAAGAGUGAGAGAAGUGUGGAGAGAGGUGACGGAGGGUGGAGUGGGUGUGUGGCGUCGAAAUAGGCUAGCCAGAGAGAGGGGUGCUUGUGGGAUUCUGUGGCUGGAGCCAGGAGGUAAGUGUGAACAGGGAGGCCAAAGAUGAAAGUUAUCUAAAAGAGCCCGUACCCCCUAUAAACACGGCAGAGGAAUGUCUUAAGAGCCACCAACAGUAAUUUCCUUUCCGGAUGUUAACAGGUUAUUUGUAUCUCAUGUGGCGUUGUAAAGCAUUCUGGAGUGGCACACAGCAUCAUCCCCUUCCCGGUGGUCUGAAGAGGAGGAGGAGACCAGGGAGGGGUCCUCGGCCAGCCCCUAGCGAAUGAGGUGGGUCCUUCUGCUCCACAGAAGGCAAGAAGCCCGCCAGCUAACCGCCCGGGUCAAGGGGAGCAGGCCUGAUCUCUCCCAAGCCUGUGACCGAGGUCCCGUCUGGUGUCCAAGGGGCCCCUGUGCCGGUACCCCCACUUCCCAUGCCCCCCAGCCUCCCUCACCUCCAGAAUCAGCCACCCGGGUGCAGCACUGUCUCCUUUCUUUUUCUUGGAAGUGGUCUCAGGGGCCUGAGUGACGGGCCCGACCAUCCCCACUACCGCCCGCUGCCAUGCGACCAGAUGGCUGACCUGGCCCGGCUUCGCGGGGCCCAGACCAGCUUGGCCUCAUGCCCACCUGCCUCGCUCCCAACCUCACCACCAGGCAAGGGUUUCCAGAAAACCGAGACACACAAACACCCACCACCACGACAACAACACAAACCAAAGUGCACUGCGAACCGCCCUUUGGCCUCCUUCUUGUAGGUGCCUUGAAACUUCAAUGUUGAGAUGAAUGUGAUUAACUACUUGGUCCUAUUUUCUGUUUGUCUGUUUUCAUAGAAAAUGUCCAAGUCCACUUGCCUUGUUCUUUCUUGAAAUAAAUAGAAAGAUUUAACUUU